AGUUCUAUACGUGACGUUGGGGUAUAUAAGCCCGUUUCGCGGCGAGUUCGCCCUUUGUCAUAAUGUCGGCAGGUUAUGAAGAGAGACCUAGAGAGCGGGACAAUGGGCCCGAAGGUAUGGAGCCAGAUGGCGUCAUUGAGAGCAACUGGCACGAGAUUGUGGACUCCUUUGACGAUAUGAACCUGUGCGAGGCUCUGCUCAGGGGAAUCUACGCCUAUGGUUUCGAGAAGCCUUCCGCCAUCCAGCAGAGGGCCAUCCUCCCUUGUAUCAAGGGUUAUGAUGUGAUUGCGCAGGCCCAGUCUGGUACAGGUAAAACUGCCACCUUUGCCAUUUCCAUCCUGCAGCAGCUGGACCCGGAGCUGAGGGCCACACAGGCGCUGGUUCUGGCCCCCACCCGCGAACUUGCCCAGCAGAUCCAGAAGGUGGUGAUGGCUCUCGGAGAUUAUAUGGGCGCUACAUGCCACGCGUGUAUCGGUGGCACUAACGUGCGUAACGAGGUGGCGAAGCUGCAGGCGGAGGCUCCGCAUAUCGUCGUGGGAACGCCAGGCCGCGUCUUUGACAUGCUGAGCCGCAAAUUCCUCUCUUCCAAAAACAUUAAAAUGUUUGUGCUGGAUGAGGCUGACGAGAUGCUGAGUCGAGGUUUUAAGGACCAGAUCUACGAGAUUUUCCAGAAGCUUCCCAGCAGCACACAGGUGGUGCUGCUGUCUGCCACCAUGCCUGUGGAGGUUCUGGAGGUCACCACGAAGUUCAUGCGCGAGCCGGUGCGAAUCCUGGUGAAGAAAGACGAGCUGACCUUGGAGGGAAUCCGUCAGUUCUACAUCAACGUGGAGAAAGAGGAGUGGAAGCUGGACACUCUGUGUGACCUGUACGAGACUCUGACCAUCACCCAGGCUGUGAUUUUCAUCAACACUCGCCGGAAGGUGGACUGGCUCACUGAGAAGAUGCACGCCAGAGACUUCACCGUCUCUGCUCUGCAUGGUGAUAUGGACCAAAAGGAUCGUGACGUGAUCAUGAGGGAGUUCCGCUCUGGAUCCAGCAGAGUCCUCAUUACCACCGACCUGCUGGCCAGAGGUAUUGAUGUCCAGCAGGUGUCUCUGGUCAUCAACUACGACCUGCCGACCAACCGCGAGAACUACAUCCACAGGAUUGGCAGAGGAGGCCGUUUCGGCAGGAAGGGCGUGGCCAUCAACAUGGUGACUGAGGAGGACAAGCGCACGCUGCGUGACAUCGAGACCUUCUACAACACCACCGUCGAGGAAAUGCCCAUGAACGUGGCCGACCUCAUCUGAAGAGCCAAUCAGAUCGCAGAAAAGUCUCCAUCCUCCCCGUCAUGCCGAGGGCUAUUCCACAAAUCAGGGCUUCUCACACAAGCUGGGUGAUUAAAGCCCAAAACGAGGCUCGUCCAAAAGGUCCUGACAACUUUAGCCUUGACGUGAUAGUUUGGCCAGACUAUCUCGAACGCAGUCGAUCGGCCGAGGCGGUGCCUCAAGUUUGAUUUCGUAGUUUUAGCGCUGGGGGCAGGACGCUAACUGCUGUUCUCAUUCGCCUCUUCCGUUCCACCUUAAAUGGCAUAGCAGUUGCAUUCUCCUGCACCAUUUAAGGUGGAACGGAAGAUCUGUGGGCAUGAGCUGCAUUAGCGUUGUAGCUUCUGCGCUAAAACUACACGAGCGAACCUCAAACCCCAAACAACGUCCCGGCUGAUGAGCUGCGUUUGCGCUAAUGGGGGAAACUGCAUCUGACUUCACCAAACUGUCGCUUUAAAUUACCCAGCUCACCCCUGAUUUGUCGAAUAACUCACCCCCGCCACACCCACCACACCCACGGAUCAACGUUCUUUUCCACCUUUCAUUCUUCCGCCUCUGACUGAACUGUUCUUUAAUGACCCGGACACCCUCUUCCCAGGCUAGCAUUAGCGUUAGCACUCUCGUCCAAUCUGGUCUGCUGAUGGGAGUUGUAGUUUUUUUGUGGCGAUUGGACUACAUAUUCCAUUGCCUCUUCAAGUGCAUUUAACGGAGUAGCUUAACCAAACAUGCCAGCGUGGCUAACGGCGAAUGGGCUUUUCCGUUGGCCGCGUUGGCUUCUUUGGAGUGAACUGUUCCUCGGACGCGGCGCCGCUUCGUGUGACGGAUGCACUGAUUGGUCAACAUAUAACAAUAAACACGUUUUAAUGAGAAAUUAAUGGAGGUUAAUGUUUUUUGUGUACUGUAACACCAAUGAGCCAAAACUGUUCGAUCAAUUGGACUGAAAUGCGAUAAUCAAUAAUCGAAUGCUGCAGUAAAGAUGAGCCUUCAGUGCUGGAGAGAUGCUGAAGUGAACACUACUGCCCUCUGGUGUUGGGAGGUCUGCUUUGGGUGCAAAGUGUUUUCAUACAGCAACAGAAGCUAUUUAUUCUUUUAUACAUGUACUUUUCCAUCCGGGGGCGGUGGUGACGAAUAAAGCUCAGAGCUGAAUCAGAA